AUGACUGCGUCAGAAACUGAAACCCGCGUCGACCGUCGCACCACCGACGAGAAAAUGGAGGAAGGCGCUGAACAACGUGAGGAUACGGUGCUUCUUCUAUCUGAAGAAGAGGCGCUAUCGAAGGCGCGUGCGAAUCCAGACGAAGCGCUGAAUAUCUAUGUUACCUACGCCGAGCAUGAUAGUGAUAAUCCGCGCAAUUGGCCGAAAUGGCGCAAGUGGUGGAUUACCUGUCUGGUUAGCUCGUUGAACAUUGUUACCACAUGGUGCGCAGGUGGAAUCUCCUCCGGUGCGACAGGAAUCCAGAAAGAAUUCGGCGUGUCGGCUGAAGUCACCACUCUCUGUCUAUCGAUGUACGUCCUAGGAUACGCUGUCGGGCCAGUUCUUUUGGCUCCUUUGUCCGAAUACUUCGGCCGCCAGCCCGUCUACGCCGUAUCGUGGUUCCUGCUGUUCAUUUUCCAGCUCCCGCUCGCGAUGGCACCGAAUAUCGGCACGAUUAUUGUCUGUCGCUUUAUCGCGGGUUUCGUGGGUGGUGCACCGCUUACCAACACCGGUGGCUCGAUUAGUGAUCUCUGGGUGCGCAAUGAGUCGGGUGGACCGAUGGCCGUGUACGGUCUGAGCAGUACAUUCGGUCCGCCGAUGGCGCUAGUGGUUACGGGAUACAUCGCGUUGAACCCCGGAUGGAGAUAUAUCUUCUGGGUAUUGAUGGCCAUCACCGGCGGUUUCUGGGUUCUUCUCGUCCUAACAGUCCCUGAAACACGUCACACGACCAUCCUCGACCGCAAAGCGAAGCGCGUAGUAAAAACGAUGAAGAAGGAGAACCUCCAGUCCGCACACACAACCGUCUCCGCGCACUCAGCGAACAAAAAGGGUCUCCACGAGCUGUUUGCGAUUACGCUUACCCGUCCCGUGCGCUUCCUCAUCACCGAGCCGAUUACGUUCUUCUGCGCAAUCUACAACGGGUUCCUCUACGGUCUUGUUUAUCUGUUUAACGAGGCAUUCCCGCUCGUCUUCGGCGAGGGACACAACUUCAACGUCGGCGCGCAGGGUCUUAGUUUCCUGGGCCUAGCCAUCGGGCCUUUAAUCGCCUUCUGCGCGUACCCGCUUCAAGAACGAUACUACCUGCGCCGCGUGCGCGAAAACGAUGGUAAGGGCGUCCCCGAAGCGCGAAUGUGGAUGGCUCGCCUGGGCGCAAUUUUCAUCCCGGUUAGUUUGUUCUGGUUUGGGUGGACAAGCUAUUCCUCCGUGCACUGGAUCGUGCCCAUAAUCGCGUCCUCGUUCUUCGGAGCCGGGAUUUACAUCGUCAUUCUGAGUAUCUUGAACUACGUCGUCGACGCGUACCAAACCUACUCCGCUUCUGCUCUCGCUGGUGUUAUUUUGGCGAGGAACCUGGUCGGCGGUGGCUUCCCGCUAUUCGCGACGCAGAUGUAUAACAAGUUGAACUAUGAGUGGGCGAGUAGUUUGCUGGGGUUUAUUGCGAUUCUGCUCGUACCAAUUCCGUUUAUUUUCUUUUAUAUGGGACGCGCGAUUCGGUUGAGGAGUCCCUGGGCGAGACAGCAUUUUGAUCAGACCGAUGAUAAUCCUCACUAG